CAGAGUUUUCUCUUCACGGAGAUAGCUACAGCCUUUCGUAAUACGAUGAGUCAGGGACAGCCAAGAAGGCCGGACCAACAGCCGCAGCAGCAAUUUGGUGCAGCGGCAGGGCAGGAGGAACUCGAUCCAAUCAGAUACGGCGACGUUUUCGACGUCUCGGGGGAGCUCGCGUCCAAGCCCAUCGCCCCUGAAGACGCCAACAUGAUGCAGAGCGCCGAGACCAUGGUCUUCGGAAAGACCCAGAAGGGCGGUCCGGCCGCCGCGAUGCAAUCCGCCGCGACGUUCAACGAGAGGGCCGGCCUCGUUGCUCACCGCCAGGCCACCGAUGCGGUGAGCAGCGAAGGCGUGAUGGUGUCGGAGACCGACAUCCCGGGCGCCCGGAUAAUCACCGAGAGCGUCGGCGGUCAGGUUUUGGGGCAAUUCGUCCAGCCAGCUCCCGUCCACGGCGGCGGUGGAGUUGUGGCGGCGCAGAAUGCGAUAACAAUUGGGGAAGCGCUGGAGGCGACCGGGAGGACUUCUGGAGAUAGGCCGGUGGAUCAGAGCGAUGCCGCCGCGAUUCAGGCGGCGGAGACGAGAGCGACAGGGAGCAGCGUUACGGUUCCCGGCGGGCUUGCUGCGACGGCGCAGUCGGCGGCGACGCACAAUGCUGCGACGGACAGGGACGAGGAGAAGAUCAAGCUCAAUGAUGUGCUCUGGGUAGAUGCAGCGGGGAAGUUGCCGGCGGAUAAAGUGGUGACGAGGGAGGAUGCGGAAGGAGUGAUGAGUGCAGAGAUGAGGAACAACCCGACUCUGUCGACGAAUCCGGCUGGUGUUGCUGCUUCCAUGGUUGCGGCUGCCAGUCUGAAUGAGGAUGUCGUCCCGUGAGAAUGCUCUGUAGGAAACAGAGGAGGAAGCUUUCUAGUUAAAAGUGACUACAUAGAUGGUGUAGUUGCAUGUAUGAGUUCUUACUUCUGUAAUAGCUGUAAGACUUUUCCCCGAUGGGUUUUUCCGCAUCGUGUAGAUAGUUUUCUCGAGGCAAACGUUCUCUUUCUUGUAUAGUUUCUUAAAUUACAGACCUUGGUAACAUGUUUGUGUUUCAACUGCUGGGGAUGGAUCUAUGGAGGAUCAUAGCAUUUUGACAGUAACAUGCUAGUUUUUGAGGGCGUAAAUGCGUUCCAUAAA